CACCAUUUUUCACUUCACUGAUUCACUCGUGAACGAGUUGAUCUGAGUCACAGAGAUCAGAGAGCUUGUGGAAGUAGAAAUAAAAAAAUGGAGAACACGGCGAUGCUGAAGGACUGGUUCGAGCGAGUCGACUCGGAGAAAACUGGAACCAUCACAGCUCCUCAGCUCAAGAGCGCUCUCUCCGUCGGAAACCUCGAAUUCUCUCUCUCCGUCGUCCAGCAAAUGAUCAGGAUGUACGAUUUUGACAGAAAUGGCACUAUGAGCUUCGAUGAAUUCGUUGCACUCAACAAGUUCCUUCUUAAGGUUCAACAAGCUUUCUCUGACCGAGAAAGGGGUCGUGGCUAUAUUGUUCCAGAUGACGUAUAUGAGGCGUUGGUGAAGAUUGGUUUCUCAUUGGACUCUCCUGCUUUUUACACAGUUUGCGAGAGCUUUGAUCAAAAGAAGAAUGGGAGAUUUCGGCUGGAUGACUUCAUAUCUCUUUGUAUAUUUUUACAGUCUGCUCGGAAUUUAUUCAGUUCAUUUGAUACAGCAAAGCAAGGCAGGGUGACUCUUGAUCUCAACCAGUUUGUCUUUUGCACUGCAAAUUGUAGAAUAUGAAAUCAACUCCAGAAUACCAGGCAAAGGUGACUAGCAGAUGUGGUACAUUGCCUCCGUACAUUUGUCUGAUGUUUAUACUAUAUUCUAUUUUUCUGGCUCUGUAGUUCUUUUAAUACAAUUGUUGAUACUGAAAAUUGCUUAUUUGAAAUGAUGAUGCCAAGCAAGAUGUGCUUUAGUAA